AACCGAUUUAUAAUUCGGUUUGGACCGACCGAAUUGAAUUAUAAUUUGGUUCGAAUUCGGUUUGAUGGAAUUCGGGGAUCCGGUAUGCAUUAUUUCGGUUCGGUUUGAACCGAACCGAUCUAAUGCCCACCCCUAAGGCUGAGCCAUCGGAACAUAUAUUUUUUAUAUGGCCAUUAGCUACUCGACUAUAGCAACUAUUAGAGUUGGAUACAUCCUAAAUCACGUCGUGGACUAAUGUAUUCUAUGCUCAACCCUCCCCAUAUUGUUUAAGUCGUUUGCUUACCGUGAAGAAUCUGGAAAUCCGCAACACAUUCGUUUUUGAGGAUACUCAAGUACCACCAUCCGUACUCCCUGCUCAAUUCGCUCACCAAAUUCAAGAAUUCUCAUCGACCCUUCCUCCUCCUCCUCCCUACAAAGUCUUGAAUUAUAUCUUCUCCUCCACUUAACCGCCUCAUACUCAACUUCGACAUUGUUGUUCAUCCUUAUCGAGACUGUACUAUGAGCUUGGUGGUGAAAUCCACAUUUGACCGUCAACGCCUCACUAUCGAUUUCAGCAUCCUGAGAUUGUGAACCCAUACAUGGCCGAACUGCUAGCUGCUAGAGACGGUAUGCUCUUGAUUCAUAACAUCAACCUCUAGGAGUCACAUUUACAGGAGAUUCUGAGGUCGUCAUUCACCAACUUCUCGAAGGGGUAGAUUCUAAUGUAAUUAGAGGACGAGUGCUCAGAGUGCUUGCAAAUGGUAGCUAUUUUAGACAUAAGUUUCAGAGUUUUGUGCUAAUCCUAGGACUGCCAAUUGUGUUGAUUGGUGAGAAAACAUAUUUCUUUGUCUAGUUUAGAGUUGCCUACCAUUUUUUUUCCUUUUAUUGUGAGAGGAGGUUCUAAAGUAGUCACUUUUUUCGUAUUAUAUUAUCAUACCUCGAUUAAAAAAGUAAAGAAGCACCAUGCCUCAUAAUCAAUGCGGUUCGAUUUUCACUUUGUGCAGCGUGAUCUACUAAACCUGGGGAGUACCUGUACAAGACACAACAUCGGGAGACUUCGUCCCCGGCACUCAGGCAUGCGUCCGGGAACACACAAACGGCGUCGAUGGAGAUUAAACUCAGAACCUCUCACAUCCUGAGCCAACCAGACCAACGGUUUCACCGCUAGACUAUAUUACCUUUCACAAUUAAGUAGGAUUCAUUGAACAUAUAUUUUGUUCAGUGUAAUUUGGAAACCAGUCUAAUUUAAAGUUUGAUCGGAUUUCAAACCGAACUGAAUCAUACUCACCAAUCUCUUCAAAAAGUCAAUCGAGUCACUAAUAUGCCCACAAGGCCCAAUGAAGGAAGCCCAAUUCCACUCCCGUGAGAUCGGGCUUCCUGAAGCCCACAAUGGCUACUCCACCUAUAAUUUAGUGUCCGUGAAGAAAUAAAUCUCUCCACGUUUCUCUGUUCUUUGGACUCUCUCUCUCUCUCUCUCUCUUCUUCCCAGCCUAGAAUUCACGAGGGUCGCUGUUUGUGACGUAGCUUCAUCAUCCGGCAGAACUACAAUUCUCUCUCUCCGCUCAACAGAGUUCAAUCAUCACUCUCAGAUCCGAAGCAAACCGUAAAAAAUGGCGUCGACAUUCAGCGGCGAUGAGACUGCUCCUUUCUUCGGCUUCCUCGGUGCUGCUUCCGCGCUCGUCUUCUCCUGCAUGGGAGCUGCCUAUGGAACGGCCAAGAGUGGAGUCGGAGUGGCGUCGAUGGGAGUGAUGAGGCCCGAGCUGGUGAUGAAAUCCAUUGUUCCAGUGGUUAUGGCUGGUGUGUUGGGUAUCUACGGCUUGAUUAUUGCUGUGAUCAUCAGUACCGGGAUUAACCCUAAGGCCAAAUCUUACUACUUGUUCGAUGGAUACGCUCAUCUCUCUUCCGGCCUCGCUUGUGGUCUUGCUGGUCUUUCCGCCGGUAUGGCUAUCGGCAUCGUCGGCGAUGCUGGAGUGAGGGCUAAUGCACAACAGCCAAAGCUGUUCGUCGGGAUGAUCCUCAUCCUCAUUUUCGCCGAAGCGCUGGCUCUGUACGGGCUUAUCGUCGGCAUCAUCCUCUCAUCCCGAGCUGGACAAUCCAGAGCCGAGUGAAGAAACAGAGAGCCCGGCACCACUCCUUUCUCCCAUGGGUGAUUGUAUCUUUUUCUUGCCUUAUUAUUAUUACUGAGUCAUUUGAUAUUUUAGACUCCCUGAGAUUUUUGUUUAGCUUUCAGUCGGUGUACUGCCCAAACAGUUCUGAGUAUUACUUCUCCUUAUCUUGGUAAUUGUACUACUAGAUACGGUUUGCCUCUGUCGUAAUAAGUUUCUCUUCUGCUUCUGCUCUUGAUGCUGCUGUAUUUCUCUGGAUUAGAGCUUGAAUUUGUUCAUGAAACUCCCCGUAGCGUUUAUGCUGCCACAAUAAUAUAGCUAUCGAAGAUGCUCGACUUCUGAGUAUUACUAAUGGUGUGGAUGCAUUAAGAUGGCUGUGACUUGUGAGAGUAUGUCGUAGGAGCAGAGGGAGGGGCAGAACCAGCUCACUGGUCGCACUGUACAACCCACGGUUACAUUUGUGUUGUGGCAUCCGAAUUUACAUAUGGAAUGAGAGCUCAAUGACCCAUCGAUACUGGCGUAGUGUUAGUCGUUGGUAAUGUGAGCCAUAACCCGGAGCGAACCAAACCAAAAAGGUAAACGAGUUGUAAUGGAUAGGGGUGGUAAACGGUAAUUCGGUAAACGGUUUACCGUUUUACCGAACCGGUAACCGGCGGUAAACGGUAAACCAUUUACUGGCGGUAUCGGCAGCCGAGCGGGAAGUUGGGGGAGUCGGUUUACCGGACACGUAUCGGUAAAUACCGACGGUAAAUCGGUAUUACCGAUACCGAAUCCCCCCUCCCUACUCCCUAUUGCUGCGCUGCGUUUUGUUGCUUUACCCCCAAAGAUAUAAAAUAUUACAUACAUGAAUGUAAGUGUUGGCCUCAAAAAUAUUGUAAAUAAGAGUUAAUAAUAAAUUAUUAAUUACAAAAAUGAUGAAAAAAACUAAAAAAAAAUUAAAAUAUUACAACAUCACCUCACUUCCAGAAAUUCGGUUCGGUAAAUAUUCGGUAAACCGACCGAAAAACCGCCUGAAAUCGCUUCUCAUGGUAUUUCGGUAAUACCGGUUUGUAACCGUUUACCGGUAAUUCGGUAAUCGGUAAACCGGUACAAACCGGUAUCGGUAAUCGGUAACCAGUUUGGCCAACUUCGGUAUACCGAAACCGGUAAAUUCGGUAAACGGUAAAUUGUUUACCGACCGAAUCCCAUCCCUAGUAAUGGAUGAUAUAAAAUAAUUUUCUUCAAAUUUUCAAAAUUCGGGUUAAAGUGAAGAAGAUACAAGCUAUUUAAAUGCCGGUCUUUUUAUCUUAACUCCAAGAUUUGAUGCCAGUCAAAAUCAGUGGACCAGAUCUAGUAAUGAUAAAUGCAUUAACUAAUGAUAAAUGAAGGUGACCAAUCUUUCUGGAGCCUUAUCGCCAACGGUCAACAACUUCCAGAGCAACAGUCUAGUCCAAUCUGGAAACGAAUAUUGAAGCUGCAAGUCUUUGAGAGAGUUAGGGUUUUCAUUUGGAUGGCAGCCCGGCAAAAGCUAACCACGAACAACAUCAGGAAAUUUCGACACUUAACGCAGGAUGAUUCUUGCCCUGAAUGCAUCAACGUUGGCGAAACGAACCUUCACUGUCUGAGAGAUUGCAGAAAGGCUAAAUCAGUCGGGAAUAGAAUUCUGGAGCAACAACGAAAAUAAAACUUCUUCAACACCAGCUGUGACGAGUGGCUCAAAGCAAACAUCAUGGAUGAUUCAACUGGAAAUUGGCCAGGACAGUGGAACAGCUUCUUCAGCUUAAUUCUCUGGUACCCUUGGAAGUGCUGGAAUGAAGGUAUUUUCAAGGG